AUGCCCGACCGAACAGCAGCCCUCGCAGAGUUCCGGCGACGUCUGAGCAAAGGCAAGGAUGACACCAGCAAGAGGCUCGCGGAGAUGGAGAAGCUCAUCAGGUCGUUCUGCAGCAAGGGGGAGCCGCCGCCUGCUGCCAGCCCGACAGUGGCUCCGUGGGCCCAGGGUUCCAAGCCGUCGUCGGACAUGGGCCCGCUGCUCGAGUCGGACGAUGAGAAGGUCAAGCGAGAGAAGCUCACUGCGCUGCUGGGGCAGUACGAAACGGUGCUCAAGAGUCUUCCUGGGCCCGACGCAGACCCCAUCCGCGCAGCGACGAUCGAGAAGAUCAAGAGCAUCAGGGAGCAGCAGAAGGCGCUGCGCACGCCUGCGAUUGCACAUCGCAGGACGGCCCAGGACUUGCACAAGGCCCGCUUGGCCCGUGCAAAGAUGGAGGCCGAGAUCGCGGAGAAGACCUCGCAGGUGCAGAAGCUGCAAGAGUCCAUUUACGAGCGCAGGCUGCAGUUGGAGGCGAAGAAGCUCGAGAUCGACAAGCUCGACGAGGAGUACAAGAGGACGGCUGCUCUCAUUGCGCAGUCAGACGGGGAGCCGAAGCCGUCGGACCCGUUCAAGCUGGAGAUCAAGCCGGAGGAGACACAGGAUCCUGAUGUUCAGGCUUUCCUCGGGUCGGAUAAGUGGGAGAUACUCAAGCCGAUCAUCCUCGCGAAGAUCGGGCGGCCCUCGCAAGGGGGGCCCGAUCAUCCUCCUGAUGCUGCUGAGCCUCCUGGCGGCGAUGUGGCCGCGGGAGAUGACGACAUCGACAUGGGGCAGCUCAACGGGGACGACUUCGAAGCUCGAGCGGAGGCGUUCCGAGCCGCCGCAGAGGCCCUGCGAGCUGCUGAAGGUGCCGAAGCCCAGGCGGACGCCAAGCGGCAGCUUCUGCAAGCCCAGGCUGUGGACGGUCAACUCGAGUGCAUGGAGCUCUUUCCAGGGUUGCUUGGCUGGCUCCGAGUUCGAGGCUAUCACGGGGCCUUCGGCAGGGCGAAGUCCACGGGUCAGCUUGCCACGGAGUCGUCAGGGGGAGUUCUGACGGCAGUCGCGUCCCACAUUGCUUUCGCUGGAUUGAGCCUCAAGCAUCUCGGCGUGCAGUCUGGCUAUUUCUCGAGGCUGAAGCUGAUUCGUGCCAACUUCGCCUUCCCCCACGGCCUGCUGCUGGGCUCGGUCCACGGCUUUGUGGACGCAUCCGACAAGGUUUUCACUUGGGAUAUGCUGGAGGAUUUGGGAGUGUUCCUGCGUCGGUCCAGGUCACCGUGGAUUCUCGCAGGGGACUUCAACUUGCCGCCAGAGGACAUCAAGCUGUGCAAGUGGGUUGAGCUCCUCAAAGGCACGAUCGUGGCCCCAAGUGGUCCGACUUGCUUUGCGUCCAAGUCAGGGUCCACGAUCGACUACUACAUCGUGAGCCAGGGGCUUGCCAACUUUGUCAGUGAUGUACGCGCGGUAUACGGUACCCCUUCGUCGCCUCAUGUCGCGGUUGCCAUGCUGCUCAAGGGCCCGACUCUGAAUAUACCGCUGCACGUUCGCAGGACAUGGAAGCCCCUCCCCACUUCCCAGAGGACGGGGCCUGUGCGGGAGCCUGCAGAGCACUGCUGGUCCUGGCCCGCAGGGGAGCCCGCAGGGGUUCGGCUGGAAGAUGCGUGGUGCCAGUGGCUAAGCAACAUGGAGCUGGAGCUGCGCAACCAGUUCGACAUCGUCGGUGCUGGGCAGAGAGGCUCCGUCGGUCGAGCCGACGGGUUUGAGCGGCGGCAAGUGCCUCUCGCCGUGUCGAUGGAGAAGGCGGAGUUUUCGGGCAGUGGGGCUCAGAUGCGAGCCUGGAGGUCGCUGGAUGCUAUCCUAUCCAGGUUCCAGGCGCUCCAGGACGACACCGUUGGAGCCAGCGAGGAAGCAGUUGUUCAGCCGUCCUCAACGGGCUCAAGUGGGGCCUGCGCUUGGCGAGAGGAGCACACGGGGGAGUGGCCAGCGGCGCCCAGCGUUGCUGGGCUCAGCACCGAGGGCCCGUCGCUUUCCCUGAGUUCCAUGGGCUUUAUCCUGCCUGACUACACGUCGCCGCACUCGGGGCCUACGCCGCUGGCUGGCGCUGAGGAGCUGGACUACCUCGACCUGUCGCUGCUGACGGGGGGCAAGAGCGUGGAUUUCGACCUGCACUCGCUGCGCAGGGUUGCGGAAGCGGGUGGGGAGGACCUGGCCACCCUUGCGACCAACGUCCACCAAGCGGCGCUGGAGGCGUCCCAGGCGGCGGCAAAGGUACAGCUGCAGGAGUGGAGAGAGUGGGCCCAGUCCGCGGUGAAGGCUGGGGGCCGUCGUGCUCACAGGUACCUGAAGGACUUGCCGCAGGUGAAAGGGCCAGUGGCUCCUGAGGGCUGGGCGCUGCAAGGAGAUGCUGCAGCGCAGGCAAUGCACAUGGAUUGGCUGCAGUACUGGGGAGACGCCAAGGAGAGCACCUCACAGAUCCAGGCAGCAGUCGCGCAGAGAGAGGAGCUGCCCAGGUCCGAAAAGUGUCAGGUCUUCUGGAUUCGAAGGCCAGAAGAUGGCCUGCUGUCUGGGAAAUUGUUUACCGACGGCUCGGCCAUUUUCCCCUCGGACCCGCUCCUGGGAAGAGCUGGGUGGGCGGUGAUCUCGGUCGAUGACACUGGUGCCAUGAUCUCUGGAGCUUUUGGCCCCGUCCCGUGGGAUGUCGCUCCCCUCCAGCUCGCCAAGGACGGCGAGGAUUAUGCGUAUCAGAUGCUCGGCCAGAUCGCUUUGGACCCCGAGGGUGUUCCCAUGGGGCGAGGGCCCCUCCUCGCCCGCUUCGGCCUCACGGUGGACUCGCUCCCGUACUGGGAGCUGCAGGAUGAGGAGUCGGUUUAA